UUUAAACCUCUGCAAAUGGUGCUUAACCAUGUCAAGCUCACGAGUUUAUUGCAGUAGAAUACUGCAACUAUUUCUGACAAAGACUGGACUACAAUCACAAUUAAGCUGUUAUCACAACCAGUUAACAAGCCUUAUCACAAUUCAGUAGAAUGCUGCAAGUUUCGUCUGGUCAGAUGUGUACAAUUCUACCAAAGACUAGUAAUAUAGGACUGAAGAAAAAUGAGGAUGUGCAGGUGGUGAAAUCAAAAGAAUAGUCUAAAUAACAAGAUUCAUUUGUUUCCGGAGACCACGGAAUUUUCUAAGCCACGGAACAAGGUGGACGUUCCAGUGGUAGGUGGAAUUCCUACUUGGACGCACACCUAUCAUGCCAUAGCUCAUUGGAGGUUAAAGCAGACAAGUAGGCAAGUUAGCAACUUCCUAUACUCCCUGCCUUCCCUUCUUCCAUCUUUACUCCAGUAUAUUCCAUGGGCCUGCCUAAAUUUCUUGUCACUCUGCUACUGAUCUGCCUUCUCACCUAUGAAUCCUAUGUGGAUGCAGCAUCGGGAGAACAAGAUUUCUUAAGGACUUGUUCAUCUCAUAGGUGCAGCAAACAUGGACCUGAGAUCCGGUUCCCGUUCCGGCUUUCGAGCCACCCACCAUCCUGUGGUGCCCCAGGCAUGCAGUUAUCGUGCUCUGGGGAUGACACAAUCUUUGAUCACCAUGUUCUUGGCUCCUGCAGAGUGACUGAGAUCUAUUACAGGCACCGCGUCAUCAACGUCAUCCCGCUUGAGGAACCAUCAACACAAUGUCCUCUUCAGAAGCUCAUCUCAGCAAACUUAGCAACUGAUGUGUACAAACAACCUCAAUCAUUACAAGUUACAACCCUGGUACGUUGUUCAAGAGAUUUCACACUAGAGGAUCAAUAUAGUAUAGUAGGCCCAGCAUCUUGUCUCAGUAACAACGCUAGCCAAUUCUGGUAUAUAGCGGACUUUUAUGCAUACAUGUCUGACCUUCCACGGGACUGCACGGCUGUUUCUAAAGGCAUCCCCAUACCCUUGACUUAUGAUAAAGAUGGCCCGAACCUUGAUGAGUACACCUUCAAAGAAAAGGCAAAUAAUUUCCUCAACUUUUAUGAAACAACAUUCACUUGGCACCUCAAUAACAUUACAGAUGUCUGCCAAAAAUGUGAACAGAAAGGUCAGCACUGUGGAUUCAUCUCACAAAGGAAUCAAGCUUUCUGCCAGCACCAUGACGUGCCUGUCAUCCCGGUUGCAGCAUCAUCAGUAGCUGCAUUUGUAGUUUUUUCAUUGAUGGCGGCCACUGCGAUGUAUCUCUCCUUGAAGUCAAAGUACAAUGAAGAGAUAAAUAUGAAGGUUGAAAUGUUUCUGAAGGCAUAUGGCACAUCGAAACCCACAAGGUACACUUUCCCUGAAGUUAAGAAGAUAGCAAGGCGGUUCAAGGAUAAGCUCGGCCAGGGCGGAUUUGGAAGUGUAUACAAAGGUGAACUACCGAAUGGAGUUCCUGUGGCAGUCAAGAUGCUAGAGAGCUCUAUAGGAGAGGGAGAGGAAUUCAUUAAUGAAGUUGCAACCAUUGGACUGAUCCACCAUACAAAUAUAGUUCGUCUCUUGGGCUUUUGCUCUGAAGGAACAAGAAGGGCUCUGAUUUAUGAAUAUAUGCCUAACGAAUCACUGGAGAAAUACAUAUUCUCGCAUAUUUCCAAUAUUUCUCAACAACUCCUAGCACCCAACAAAAUGCUAGAUAUUGCUUUAGGCAUUGCCCGAGGAACGGAAUACCUGCAUCAAGGGUGCAACCAGCGCAUUCUCCACUUUGACAUCAAGCCACACAACAUCCUGCUGGACUAUAACUUCAACCCAAAGAUCUCAGACUUUGGCCUUGCCAAGCUGUGUUCAAGGGACCAGAGCAUCGUUACCUUGACUGCAGCAAGAGGCACUAUGGGAUACAUCGCACCAGAGCUAUACUCUCGGAACUUUGGAGGGGUGUCUUACAAGUCAGAUGUGUACAGUUUUGGCAUGCUGGUGUUGGAGAUGGUGAGCGGACGGAGGAACUCGGACCCAAGUGUUGAGAACCAGGACGAGGUAUACCUUCCGGAGUGGAUUUACAAGAAAGUAAUCACUGAGCAGGAAUUGGGACUUAGUUUGGAUAUGACAACAGAAGACAAAGAAAAGAUGAGACAGAUGAGUAUUGUGGCACUGUGGUGUAUCCAGUGGAACCCGAAGAAUCGGCCAUCAAUGACAAAGGUGGUAAACAUGUUAACGGGGAGGUUGCAGAACCUACAGAUUCCCCCUAAGCCCUUUGUGUCGUCUGAAAAUCAUCCUACAACAUAAAAGCACGGAGAAGAUGCUGCCAUGAUUUGGUACAUAUUGCAGGCAUGCACUUAGUCCAUGUGGUGCAGAGGUAUGCAUAGCACUAGGAUGCAGUAUAUUUCCAUCUUUCCACUCUAUUACCACUUGAUUGUAUGAAUAAUCGUUCUUCCCCAUGUAAUAUAAUAGUACUAGUAUGUAUAUAUGCAAGAACAUAUGAGAACAACAGCGAACUUUAUUUGGAUUGUAA